CACAAACGAUGUAUGUCCGGUGUAACGACUCAGCGCGCUGAAUUCAACAAACUAUCGGCUUUCUGACAACAUUGAGGACCGACGCUAGUUUCUUUUACUGGAAUGGAGGGUGACAGAAUGGAGGUGGGAAACCAGAAAGAAAACAUCAACGUGGAGGUCCAUGUUAAAUCUCACAGCACAGCUAAACUGUCUGAGGUGAGGAUGCAUGUUCUGGCUCUGCUGAAUCGCCACAGCAUGGUUUUUGGAAACUACAGAUGGACAGAGUUUGAUGAAGACUUUCUCCAAAAUCAUGUGCAGUCUGUUGCUAUAGUUGAUCUAGAGGAAAUGGUAACACAGCCCCUUGAUUUGAAAAGCUGCUCCGUCUCCGUUCACAUCUUCACUCUGAAUGAGGAUGGACCCAGCACGCUCAGUUUGGAAGAUGAUGAGGAGCUUUCAGCAGCAAAUCACUGGUUGUUGCCAGCAGCUGAAUUCCAUGGGAUUUGGGAGAGUCUGGUAUAUGAGAGUGGAGUCAAAAGCCAGCUCCUGGAUUAUGUCACAACCACAAUUUACUUCUCAGACAAAAAUGUCGACAGCAACCUGAUUUCAUGGAACCGUGUUGUGCUGCUUCAUGGACCCCCGGGCACAGGGAAAACGUCACUGUGCAAAGCUCUUGCCCAGAAGCUGUCAAUCAGACUGUCGAGUCGGUAUUCUUAUGGCCAAUUUGUUGAGAUUAACAGCCACAGCUUGUUCUCAAAGUGGUUCUCAGAGAGUGGCAAGCUGGUCACGAAGAUGUUUCAAAAGAUCCAACAGCUGAUUGAUGACAAAGACGCUCUUGUGUUUGUUCUGAUUGACGAGGUGGAGAGUCUGACAGCAGCUAGAAAUGCCUGCCAGGCGGGAACAGAGCCUUCUGACGCCAUUCGAGUGGUCAACUCUGUUCUCACUCAACUGGAUCAGAUCAAACGACAUUCAAACGUUGUGAUCCUGACGACCUCCAAUGUGACGGAAAAGAUUGACUUGGCAUUUGUGGACAGAGCUGACAUCAAGCAGUACAUUGGACCCCCGUCUGAGAAGGGCAUCUACAACAUCUACCUCUCCUGCCUCGAGGAGCUGAUGAAGUGCCAGAUCAUCUACCCCCGGCAGCAGCUGUUUACCAUGUUUGAGCUCAAGACAAUGGGGUUUGCUAAGAGUGAGGUGUCUGAACACAGUCUGAACCUGAGGAACAUCGCUCUGAAAAGCAAAGGUUUGAGUGGAAGAGCACUCAGGAAGUUACCAUUUCUAGCGCAUGCACUGUUUGUGAAGUCACCGACAGUGACACUUGAGAGGUUUCUGGAGGCUAUGGACCAAGCGGUGGAUAAACAGAAGGAGGAAAAAGCUAACCUGGUCAACGGUGUCUGAACUUAUUACAAAGCCCAAAGGCUGACGCAUGAUUGUUCAUGAGCUCUCAGUCCCUGUUUGUUUGUAGUUUGGAAAACUACAACCCUUACAUCUUUUUUAUAAAGCAUAAUGAAUUAAUUUGGCUGCACUACGUUAAAUAUAUUAUUGGCAAGUAACAUUGUUUUAACAAGUGCUAUCUAUAAUAUCAAAGUCUUUAUUCAGGUAAUAUUGUUGGUGCUACUACCUUACAAGACCAAGUCCAUGUCAGUUUCGGUAAAGGUAACUUGGUGUACCUGAUGCUUGAAUUUUCUAUGUGCUAUUAACUGUUUACUCUUUUCUCAUCUUUAAAGUGUUUGAUAUUUUUAUGUAACAUGCAGCUUUAACCUCAAUAGUGCCAUCUUGUUUUUGGUUCCCAUGUUAAAGGGAUAGUUUGGAUAUUUAUUGGCAUUAAUUAGUUUCUUCAUAGUGACAUUGGUGCACAGACAUUAGCUCAGUCUGUGGAUAGUUUUUUUUUUUUUUUUUUUUGGAGAUAUCCCAUUGAAAUGGCAGCUUGACACACAAAGGACAAAGCAGUUCCGUAAUGGUGGACAGUGAAACAUCAGAAAUACAGAAAGGCAAAUGCAAUUUGUUGUGGAAGGUUAAAAUUUUUGAGUCCUUUGUUGUUGAUUAAAGUUUUUUCUUUUUUCCAUUAACCUGCCUCCAUAGCAACUGCUUAUUUCUGUCUGAAAGGCUGCAGGCUCGCAGAGAUAUCUCCACGUGUCUAUAGAACGAGCUAAUGUACAGCACACCAUCUUAUGUCAAAAAAUUUGAACUGUCUCCUUAACAUGCAUGUUUUUGUACUCUGUUCAUGUUUUUUUUUUGUUUUUUUUAAAAAGGGCCAUUUCUCUUAAUUCAUUAGUUCAAAGAAAAUGUUUGUUUAUUUCAUUGUCGGUUCUAUAUUUAUGCUAACAACCAAUCCUCUUUAAACUCGGGGUUCAUG